UUUUCGACUCAAUCCCCCAUAUGCCAAAAUUUUGAAGCAGCCGCAUUCUUUUACCAGAUUUUCUUUAUGUUAUUUAUUAUGUCAUCACUAUAUAACCAAAAAUUUCAUUCUCCAUUCUUCUCUCAUCAAAAAAUUAAGUCCAUCUUCUUCCUUCCAACUUCAAAACUUUUCUGACCUUAAAUUGUUUGCAUCCCUUUUUUGUUGUUGCAAGUUGUAGAAAAUGGAAGAAAUAGAGAUACCCCAGUUUUUCUUAUGCCCUAUUUCUCUUCAAAUCAUGAAAGAUCCAGUCACAACUAUAACGGGUAUAACGUAUGAUCGGGAAAGCAUUGAACAAUGGCUAAGGACUUCCGACCAAGAUUCGCCGGCGUAUUGCCCGAUCACGAAGCAGAUUCUUCCUAAGGAUUCAGAUCUAACACCCAAUGUUAUGCUGAGAAGGUUGAUCCAAGCAUGGUGCACGACAAACGCUGAGUAUGGAAUCGAUCGGAUUCCGACCCCGAAAUCGCCUCUUAGUAAGUCUUAUCUCUAUAAACUCAUUCGUGAUAUCCGAGUCGAAGGUUUAUGUGUCGGUGCUUUGAAGAAAUUGUUUGAACUUGCCAAUGAGAAUGUUAAGUGGAAUAGAAGGUGCAUGGUGGAAGCUGGCUUGAUCAAGGUGUUGGUUUUGUUGAUCGUAAAGUGUUUUAAAGAAAACAAAACCAAUGGCAUUGAACAAGCCUUGAAGUUACUCUAUUUGAUUUGGAAUCCCUCGGCCGAAAACAAGGAAAUAUUCGCCGGAAAUUAUGAGUUCGUCGAAGCAUUGACUUGGGUUUUGAGGAUUGAGAAAAUUGAGAAUCAUGAUGUGGUUAGAACUCAUGCAUUGAAGAUCUUGAAAAUGAUUGGGGAAGUAGCGAGCUCUGGCCUAAUGUCGCAACUAAAGCCCGAGUUCUUCGGGGUCGUGACUAGGGUUUUACGCGGUGAUCACAAACUUCCCCAACAAGCUAUCAAAGCUGCAUUGCAUGUUUUGAUCAAAUUAUGUCCUUGGGGGAAUAACAGAAUGAAGAUCAUUGACUCGGGGGCGGUUUUUGACUUAAUCGAGCUCGAGUUAAGGCAACCCGAGAAGCGAACUUCUGAGCUCAUCUUCUCUCUUCUAGCACAACUGUGUAGUUGUGCCGAUGGGAGAGCGCAGUUGUUGAUGCAUCGUGCCGGAAUCGCAAUGGUUUCCAAGAGGCUUUUAAGGAAUACGCCGGCAACCGACGAGAGUUGCAUGCACAUAUUUGGGCAGAUUACUAGGUUUUCGGCCACCGAUGAAGUUUUGAUUGAGAUGUUGAGAGUUGGAGCAGUUUCUAAGCUUUGCAUGGUGCUUCAAGCAAAUUGUGAAGCACAUUUGAAAAAGAAUGCAAGAGAUAUGCUUAGGAUGCAUUCCAAAGUUUGGAGUAACUCUCCUUGUAUACAAGUCUAUUUGCUAACAAGGUAUAAUAGGUAACUCAAACACCCCCCCGCCCCCUCCCCCAAAAAAAAGACACAGAAAAAGAAAAGAAAAUUGAAAUUAUAUGUUUUGUCAAAUGUAGAUAUGAUUGUAAGAUGGAAUUUGUUGUGAACUGUUAUCAUAUACAUUUUAUACGAGGGGAGACCAGAAUAUGGCCACUCCCAAUAUAGAAAGAACAAUGUUUUUUUCCCAAACAUAGUCAAAACAUUUUUAACACUC